GAAAAAGAGGUGGAACACAAAUGCAAAGUGUACAUGGACGGAGUGAGCGCAAACUGAUCGUGCUAAAUGAGUUGCACCAACCCAUUGGUCCUACUGAAGCAAUUGUGAAAGAGUUGGGUAGCUUCCUCGGCACAUUGGCAAGGAAUGGGACCUUCUGUCCUCUGAAUGUGUUUAAAUGGAAGAAAUUGAAGACACAUGAUGAUAUGUGGAACUAUACCAUGGAGAAAUAUGACAUUCCUAAAGUUGCGAAAGAAUGGGCUUUGCGAACAAUUCAACUUGCUUGGAGAAAGUAUAAGAAUGGGUUGAAGAAGAAACACUACUAUCGCUAUGCUAAUGACGAAAUUCGAAUGGCAAAAAGGCCUAAAGAAGUUUCAGAAUCUCAAUUUAAGGCUCUCCUCAAAUAUUGGAACUCCGAUGCGGCUCAAGACAUGUCCAGAAAAAAUACAGAGAAUCGAAAAAAGUUGAGGUAUCCACACACUGUUGGCAAAACAAGUUUUGCUAUAAUCCGCGAGGAAAAUCCUGAAGCUUUGUCUAGUAAGGAGUUUUUUGUGGCUACUAGAAGAAGGAAACUAGGACGAGUAUACAAGGACUCAUAUGAAGAUACGGCUAGCAAAAUAGUACGAAAUUUUCUAUUUAAAGGUUUAUCGAUAUCAUUUGCUUGUUCUUAAAUAUUGGAUUAGUUUUAUUUACUUGAGCCCUCUUCUCUUCAAUCUGAUUUGUAGGCUGAAAUGGAGAGAAUAGAAACUCAAGAAAGUGACGAUGGCAGUCAAUCAGUUGACGCAUAUGUAUCAGUAAUGGGACCUGAUCAUCCAGGUCGAGUAAGAUUGUAUGGACGUGGGGUUACCAAGACUCUCUUGAAACAGAAAGCGGCGGAUACUGGACUCUCUUCAAAUGUUACUGAUGAAAUGGAGAAAAAAAUGGAGGAGAUAGAAGAGAGGAUGCAACAAAGAAUGCAGGAAAAAUUCAACGCGCAAAAGGAUACCAUGGAACAAGAUAUUACAAUGAAAGUCAUUGCAAAAAUUCAGCAGCUAAAUCCAGAAUUCCGACUUGAUCCUAAUAUGUUAAGGUUCAGUGUUCGCUCACCCGGAGAAGCUUCCUCUACACCUGGUAACAAUCAAGGUGUCGAAAAUGAAGAAAGGGAAGGAGACAAUGAACACGUUGAUCUUACUUGAGAAGAUCUUUUAUGAAGCUUGUACAUGUUCUAAGAAUCUUUUUGCUAUCGAACAUGUUGAAACUUAUCCUAAAUCUUGAAAUGUAAAACUUAACUAUGCAUUUUGGGUUGAACAUUUUGCUUUUACGGGUAUGUUGGAUUAGGAAUGUUGGAUAUAUAUUUUGGACUAUGAAUUAAUGUUGGACAUUUUGGAUUAUGAUGAAUGUUGGAUAUUUUGGAUUAUGAAAAAUUGUGCUUUCUGAUUUA